GUCUUUCUAGCAAUCAUGUGAUAUAGGAUUUUAUCAUCCUGUUCAAAAUUUUAAUUUUGUGAUUAUAGCAAGUUAUUAUGGCUGGCAAACUGACCAAAAAAUGUUUUUCCCCCAAGCCACUGCUCCUCUCUUGUUGAGAUCCCAGCAUUUUUUUCUUUCCAGUUUAAUGUUUUUCUGUCUUUUAGAAUUUUUAGAUCAUAGAUCUUCAGUUGUGUAGCCAUCCUGAAAAUUUGUGAUAUGUCUAAUCUUCAAUACAGACCUAAUUUUGUUUGAUCUAAUAUCACUGCUUUGUGUGAUAAAUUGGGAGCAAUAUCUCUAUUUAAUUUGCUUAUCCUGUUUCUAAAUUUGCUUAUUUUGGUGGAUUCCAACCAUUAGAUACUAGCCAGGGAGCAGGUUUUCAACAAAGGUUGAGUUUUUAUUUCGGUGAAUGGUUUGGAGCUGCAAGAUGCCGUCUGAUAUCAUGGAGCAGAGGCAUAUAUCCUCAUUCUACAGGCCAUCAGUGCCGUCGUCUUUAUUCUCUGAGGAAAUGCGGUUUCGUUCUGAGAAACAAGGUGCAUUCUGGAGGACUGCUUCCAUGCCUGAUCGCCAUGGACUAGAGGCUAUGUCAUUCAUUUCAGGAGGCAAGCCAGUUUCUUCAUCACCUCUACAAAAGGUCCUCCCUGUGGGAGGGAAUUUUGUCAAUGGCUUGGAGCUUCAACGUAAUCAUUUCAAGGACCAGACAAGAAACAUUCCGCAUAAUUAUCAGUCUCACUUUGUGAGUGCCAACUGUUGGAGAGCUCCUGACCAGGAAGCUGCAUCCUUGUCUAAGCUCUAUGGUCAGCCCGCAUCACUAUCUGUGGGAAAUAAAAAAGUUACUGUGAGUGAAGGCUUUAGUGAGAAUGGUCUCUUAUCAGACUCCUUCUCGGACACAUUCAACAACAAAUUGAGGUUAUCAUCAAAUGAUGUCUUUGUUGGUCAAUCUGUUAAUACAACUCAAUCCAACUGUCCGGAAGAUGACAUUUUUGAAUCAUUAGAAGAAAUUGAAGCUCAAACAAUAGGAGAUCUCCUUCCUGAUGAUGAUGAUUUGUUAUCUGGAGUUAUUCAUGAUCUCGGAGAUGUGUCAUCAUCCAACAGGAUAGAUGUUGAAGAUGAUGUAUUUUGCAGUAUAGGGGGCAUCGAACUAGAAUCAGAUGAUAGUUUCAGUUGCAAAAGAGCUUCUGAGUAUGAAUAUGGAUCUGUAAAUGGUCAAGAAAUGGGAUUCAAUGAUAUUCUUGCCAGUCAACUCCCACAAAGUAAAUCACUCACCAGAACUCUUCUUGUGAAAAAUAUUGAUGGAAACGUUGGAGAUAUGGAGCUGAGGGCUCUGUUUGAGCAAUAUGGUGACAUACAAACACUUUGCACAUCCUAUAGACGUUGUGGCUUUAUUAUAGUGUCAUACUAUGAUAUCAGAGCUGCACACAGUGCAAUAAGUGUUCUUCAAGCCAAGUCAAUCAGGGGUCAGAAGCUUGAUAUACAGUUUUGUGUUUCAAAGCAGGGCCAUCCUUCAGAGAGAGAGAACGAGGGUGUCCUCCUGGUCACCAAUCUUGAAUCCUCUAUUUCAUAUGAUAAUCUCCUUCAUAUAUUUGGUGUAUAUGGGGAAAUCAAAGAGAUUUGUGAAAUUCCACACAAAAAGCAUCACAAAAUUGUAGAGUUUUAUGAUGUUCGGGCUGCUAAAGAUGCUCUUUCUGCUUUGGACAUGCGUGAUAUUGCAGGCAAGAGAAUGAAGGUUGAACAAUGGUGCCUAAAAGAUGAGAGUUUGAUGCAACAGUUAUCCAUGGACAUGGAGGAGGAAGAUUCAAUCGGAUGCAUACAAGAAAGUAAUUCUCAGAUGUUGCCUUCAGAGUGCUUUGUUCCUUCUGGACCAAUGACAAAUGGAGUAAACAAUUCCAGUGGUCUUCAUACUGGGGCUAUCCACGGGCUGCACACUGCAAGCGCAAUGCAGAAUAGAUCAAAUAUGUGUUCCAAGUUUCAUGCGGACCCUUCUAGUGCCCCUCGUAAUUUAUCCUCUCCAGUCAAUGUUUCGUUGGAGCAGAUGAACCUUCGUUUUCAAAGCAUGUCAACCAUUCCCCAUGAUGGGAUAACUAGUGGUCUCUCUUUCAACUCCCCAGGCACCAUGUCAGCAGUGGCUAUGAAUGCCAGCUCCGCACUUACUAAUGGAGUUGACAGUAGAAACGUCAGUAGAGUUUGUUCUGGUGGCAGUAUCAGCCAUUCUUUUGAACACAGUGAAGCUACAUUCAAUGUUUCCACAAAUGGAAGUUGCCCUGUUGAUAGCCAUGGAUAUAUUUGGAAUAAUUCUAGAUAUCUUCAUCACCCUAGUUCUAUGGCGUGGAAAAACUUGUCACCAUUCAUGGACAGUAUUCCUGUCCAAUCUCACCAACCGCAUGUGCUUACCAGAGCACCAUCUCACAUAGCAGAGUCUGUAUCACCUUAUCAGCAUGUUGGUUCAGCUCCAAAUGUGGAACCCUUUCUCUGGAACCGUAGACGUUCUUUUACUGGGGACGCUACUGUAUUCCAUCCAAAUUCUCUUGGUACUACAGGAUACCCUAGUUUCUCUCCAUUGGAACUUGCUUCUCAUAAGAUAUUUCAUCAUGCUGGAGGAAACUGUAUUGGCCCUUCUGCGGCCUCUGCACAUGUAGCGGUCACCUCACCUCAGCAAAGGAGCCACAUGAUUCGUGGAAGGAACAAUGUGAAUCCAACACCCAACUUCAAUGAUAUUUCUCAUGAGCGCAUGAGAAGCCAAAGAAACGGUUCAAGUGGUAAUCAGGCAGAUAGCAGAAAGCAAUAUGAGCUUGACAUUGACCGCAUUAUUCGAGGAGAAGACUCACGAACCACACUAAUGAUCAAAAACAUUCCUAACAAGUACACUUCCAAGAUGCUUCUGGCUACUAUUGAUGAGCAACACAAAGGAACUUAUGAUUUUAUCUACUUGCCUAUAGACUUUAAGAACAAAUGUAAUGUGGGAUAUGCCUUUAUCAACAUGACUGAUCCACACCAUAUUAUCCCAUUUUAUCAGGUUUUCAAUGGUAAAAAGUGGGAAAAGUUCAACAGUGAAAAAGUAGCAUAUCUUGCAUAUGCUCGUAUCCAGGGGAAAUCAGCUCUUAUUGCUCAUUUCCAAAACUCGAGUUUGAUGAAUGAGGAUAAACGGUGUCGUCCUAUUAUUUUCCAUUCAGAUGGUCCAAAUGCGGGAGAUCAGGAACCUUUCCCUGUGGGUGUCAAUAUCCGAUCAAGGCGAUCCAGGACAAGCACUGAAAUUCACCAUGGGAGUCCAUCAGACUCUUCAGGGGAUGAAUCCUCGAACCCAGGCUCUUCAUCGGGUUCUGCUUAGUCUUUCCUAUGCAGAGACCGGUAUGUAUGUCAACAGGUUCAACUGAAGAUUCUCUUCCAAUUUUCCUUUGGCUGUGUAUAAGCUGUAAUUUGGGUGGGAGGAAGAGGUUUUUGAGAUUUUGGGUGAACUGUAUGAGAUGCAAAUAUGUACAGGAGUUCGGAGGAGGAAGAGCUGAUUGACAAAGGCUAAGAGGAAGAGCUGAUUGACAGAGGCUUAUCUCUUCUUUUUGUUCUCAGGUUUUCGCCCGUUUUUCGUUCUUGUGCAGCGGCCCCAGGUAGGGGAGGCCUCCUAUGUUGUUUUCUUCUUCUUCAUUUUUUUUAAUUAAUUUGUCUUUUUUGGCUCCACAAAUCCCAUGUGGGGAGUUGCUAAUUUUUCUUUUUUAGAGUUAAGAGGGAGUGUUUGAGAAUUAUGUUCCGAUGUUUGUAUAGAAGUGUUGUGCCUGUCUUUUGCAGAGUUGUUUUAUAUAUAAUGAAGUUUUGUUGUAUGUUUUAUAACUUAACAUGGAGAUUUGUGUUUUGUUAUUAGCUUUA